AUGUUGGAGUUCGGAGAAGCCUUAUCUACUAAAGAUAUCCAAAAUAUGAAAUGCAAACUUCAAGGUUUUAAACAAGAUGAUUGGCAUCACACUGCUGAACUGUUAAAUGUCUAUGCUAAUGAUCCACGAAAUUUAGUUAAAGUAUUUCAUGAUGACGAUAACAACAUCAACCUUAUUUGCGUCCAGUUAUCGAAACAAAAAGAACUGUAUCGUUUGUAUGGACAAACUCUCGAACUUGACGGCACUUACUGCACCAACGUUCAGGGCAUGCCAUUAUAUACUCUUUUGAUUGAAGACAACCACGGAAUUGGACAGCCCAUCUACUACGCAUGGAUGAAACAAGAAACAACAGAUUUUAUUACGCUAGCACUUCGAACGUUCGCUGAGAAUAACGAUGUGUCUGUAACGAACGUAAUUUUAACCGAUAAAGACUGUGCAGAACUCGCUGGGAUAAAAACCGUAUUUCCAAACGCUACGAGUCUCUUGUGCCAAUUUCACGUUGAUUGCGCCGUUGAUACCAGACUUAAUAAAGCGAAACUUGAAACAAAUCACCAAGAAGAAAUUUAUCAAUCAUUUCAGAGAGCAAUGCAUGCUGAAUCUGAAGAACAAAUUAAAAAAGAGGAGCAAUACCUCUGUAAUAUAGAAGAAGACAAUCUCGGAGACUAUUUCAAAAAACAAUGGUUCAACAUAAGAAACGUUUGGUGCGAUUUCUAUCGCACUACUUUAUUCACUAAGGGUAACAAAACAACCAACAGACUUGAAAGAUUUCACUCAACAAUCAAGAAAACCAUAAACCACAGACAAGUAAAGUUUCACCAAAUAGUGCAAGUUCUUCUUGACAUCUCUACUCUUCGCACGAUGGAUUCUGAUAGAAAAGCAAGAGAAGCAAGAGUAAAGUUCCCUACAUCAAAGCCUCACCCACUUUUGAAAGCAUUUUCAGAAGUAAUCACUCCAUAUGCGCUGAAGCUAAUACAAGCUGAAAUAGCUAUGAACAAAACAUCAUCCUACGGAAUUUUUAAAUCUGCCGACGUAUAUCGCGUCACUUCAAACAAAGGUGAAAAUGAAAUCAAAGGAAACCUACAAUCAUGUACCUGCCAUUUCUUCAUGUCCUACGGCCUUCCGUGCACUCACAUCGUUUACGUAGCAACAGAAAUGGAAAUAUGUCUUCCACAGCAAUCCUUUAACUCCUGCUGGAAAGUCGAAAAAAUACCAAGUCAGGAAGCCUACCAAAUUGAGGAACCCACCAAUGACUCCAUAACAGUAAAGAUGAAACGCACAAAGGCAAAAAGUUUCACUAGAGAACAAUUAUGGGUGGAAGCUAACGAAUUAGCAAAAGAAUGGGCAAAUACGUUAACAAAUCUACCGAUUCCGGCAUUCCAAGGCCAACUGAACGCCAUGAAACACUUGAUCGAGUGUGCGAAAAAUAACAUCACAAUCAACUUCAACGAAAAGAUCAGACCAACAGAAGAGAAAGAGGCAACCAACCUUGUGAAUGAGCAAUUUAUGCAAAUAGCCAUACCAAAUUCCACUGCAUGCGAAACACACGAACAACUAGCUUUAAACAUAGAAGACGACAUCACGAAAAUGGCGAAAGAACUAAAUUCCAAUCAGCAUAAUAUAGAUGAACAACAGCAAAUGGAAACAGAGGUUCAACAAAUCACAGAAGUAGUGAAUGAACUCGUAGUCGUACCUGACGUCAACAAAAAAAACAGUGAAAGAUUGAAGAAACUAAAAAAAUUGAAACUUGUAAACAUAAAAAGACGACAGGGUAAACCAAGAACAACUAAAAAGCUUGAUAAAUACAAGUACAGUCCCAAACCAUUCCUGAAAAAAAAAUCACACGAGAAAAAUAGAAUGUUUCUUUCAUGGACAACAGGAAAAGAGAAAUCUCACUACCUGUUACUCAACCAACAAAAAGCUGAUCGAAAACAUCUCACCCAUGCCAGCCAAAUGAGUACAGCAGUUCUCGAAGAUGAUGUACAAAGCGUAUUACAAUCAUUUCAAAACCUCUUCACUGAAGAAGGAUGGAAACAACUAAUGACAAACAUUCAUGAACGAAAUCAAACAACACUGGAAUACAUCUGUCCAACUUGCCGCAAACCUGAAGGCACCAAAAAAGAACCUUGGAUUUUCUGUGAGUCAUGCCAAUUGUGGCAUCACUACAGCUGUCAAGCCAUUAAAAAAAAACCACAAUCAAGCAAUUAUACCUGUACAAUCUGUCGAAAGUAGAAAUAAACAAUUGAUUCAGGUUAAACUGAAAUCCUUCAACGAAGGAAAACAACAAACAACUCUGUAACUAACAUAUCACAAUGCCAAAGCACUCUCGUGCACAUUCAUGUUUUUGCCGUCAGUCACUCAAGCAGCGCCACCAAGCGGACAUCUUGUCAAUAGCCUAAAAAAAAACCUAAUUGACAAGAGAAAGUCCGUGUCAAUAUCA